UCCGUUUUAUAGAACGCAGUAGAGAUCGAAGUGCGACGCCAGCAGCAGCAGCAGCAACAACAGCACGGAUCCCGUGGAAUGAUGCCGCCAUCAUCAUCAUCCUCCUCUUCUUCCUCCUCCUCAUCGUCACCGCCGCCGUCGGCGCUGAUGGACCAGCAGAAGGCGGCGUCGCCUGGCGAAAAUCUCAACCCAGAAACGGUGGAACAACUGACGGCGGCCCAGUUGAAGCGUCGCGAGAUUUUCAACCAACGGAAGCAGCGGGAAUUUAUCCCGGACAACCGGAAAGACGAGGGCUACUGGGACCGCCGUCGACGCAACAACGAGGCGGCGAAACGGUCCCGGGAAAAGAGGCGAUUCAAUGACAUGAUCCUGGAGCAGAGAGUUGUGGAGUUGACGCGGGAAUUGCACGUGCUCAAGGCCCAAUUGGCUGCCGUGAGGGACAAAUAUAGGAUCAACGUGGACGCGUUGGUGGAUAAGGACGCCGUGUUGGCCUCGUUGCCGACACCAGAUCAAGUGCUGGCCAUGACGAAGAGGACUACGAAAGUAUUGGCGGCAGCGGCGUCCUCGUCGCCGUCGUCGAUGAGCAUGUCCGGAUCGCCGUCGUCGAGGGCGACGACGCCGACGGGAAGAAUCACACCACCGAAUGUGGGCAGGAGUCCAAUGCAACCUUUCCAGACGAAGCUGGUGAACGCAGGACGGCGCCGAUCGUCAGCCAGCGAGGACCACUUCCCGUCGUCGCGACAGCCGCAUCAGGCGUUCCCGUCGCCGCCGCCGCCACCAAUGCCGCCGCAGCAGCAGCAGCAACAACAACAACGGGCGCCAGCUGCUCUCACUCCCGUGGAGCCGCCAAUCACGCUCGUCAUCCCUGACGUGCCCAGACCGAGUCCCAACGACGCCCAACCGCCGUCUUUCCCGGGCCAACAGCACCAGCACCACCACCACAACCUUCCGCCGUUCCAGCAACACCAUCACCAGCACCCACACGCCCACAGGGCUAUGCUAAUGCUCCCCCAACAGCAGCAGCAGCAGAAUCACCAGGAUGGUAGUGAUGGGGAUGAGCACGUCUUCAACGCCUAUCACUUGCAGCAACAGCAGCAAAGGAAUGGACGGUUCAGCAGUGCAUUCAAUGGCGAAAAGCGAAUAAAGAUUGAAGUCCCGGAAGGCGGCAUGAAUCACGUGAAUGGCGCUUCAGACGAAGACAAAAUUGCAGAAGUUGAGGAACAAAUCGGCUCCAUUCCGACCCAGAGGAUCGGAGAAAAGCGCCGCAUGCAUCACAACAACAACAACACCCACCACCAGCAACACCAUCAAAUCAGCCUCUCGAUCCACCAGCAACAACAAAAGGAAGGUUUCCAGUUCCUUCAACACCCCGCAGAUGCCCUGAAACUCGCCAUGCGUCGCAACACGCUCACAGAAGACGAAGACGAAGGCGUGGAUCUCGGCUUGUCUCGCAGCGAGCAGUUGCAUCAUUACAUGCCGUCACGACAACAGCGACAGCAAGAACACGACGACGACGAUGAAGAAUUGGACGAGGAUCAUGUCAUGAUGCGACACGGUGGUGAGGAAGACGAAGACGAAGGUGCACUGAAUUUGUCGACCACGUCGCCAGGUGUCGCGCCAACAACACCGGCUCCCCAGCAGCAACAGCAAGUGAUGUUUCGGGGUGCUGGAGUGCACAAGCAGUUGGCGUCUGUAGAAGCUUCUGGUGGGCAGUUUGGACAGCAGCAGCAUUUUUUCGCUGCCCCGCAGGAACAGGCGAGAUAUCAUGCUGAGCAGCACCUGAGGAAUGGUGGUGGACGAGAAGAACAUGCUUCUCACUCGAAUGGAUCAGCAGAAAAUUGCCCCAAUUCCGCCAACGGGCCCAACAAUUCGGGGGCAUCCCAUCACCCGAAACUGCGGCUGAAACCCCGCUACUCAUCCGCCUCCAUGAUGAUGGACGACCUGGACCACGAGCAAGACCGCAUGAUCAUCGUGGAAACGUCGGCUGUCACAUCGGGAAGUGUCGACCACGACAGCGGCAACGGAUCCAGUGACGAGCGUGACAGCAUGAUGAGCCCGGCGAGUCACAGCAGCUCGUCUUUGUCGCCGCCGGCGCGAGGUGGCAAUAGCGGCAGUGGCGGCGUUGGUUCUGGAAGCAGCGGCGGUGGUAGUGUUGGUGGAGACGGACGGUCGCCGCCUUGGGAUCCCACGGAAAUUGGUGGCGGCGGUGGAUCCUCGAGGUCGUCGUCGUUUUCGUCGACUUCGUCUGCGCCGUUCGUUGUUGUGAAAUCGGAAGAACGUUCGGACGAGGCCCUGGCAGAAGAAGGAGGUCGACGGCUGAAGGCGGAAAACUACCAGCUUAAAUCCGAGAUUGACAGACUCGCGUCGGAAGUGGAGAACCUGAAGCACAUCUUGUGCAAAAACAAGCCGGAAGGCAAAUCCUCGUCUCGCUCAUCCACUCCUGCCAAUGCCAGCAGCAGAGACGACCAUCAUGAGACAAAUGGCAGCACAAAUGAACACCACGAUCUGUCUCGCUAAAAAAAAAAAAAAAAAAACAAGGCCACUUUUGGUUUCCCCGUAUAUUGCUGUUUUUACAUGAGUGUGUCGCUCUUUGUAAUAGGGAAGGGAAGAAAACGAAAACACAAGGAAGAAAAAGCGUCGUCCCCCAUUCCUGUUUUUUUUUUUGGCGUUUUCCAAGUGUGCGAAAGUGGACGAACAAAAGUGUGGGAAGCUAUAGGAAGAGGAACGGUAUGUGAUACGUGUGAUGAGUCGAUUGAUGGCGAACCGAACCGCUUUGUGACUGGCAGACUGAAAGACUUCAUUCCUCCCACGAGCUCAGCGAGGUCUUAAUUUAUUUUGUCAACGAGGAGAGAAAAAAAAAGAAAUUUGGAAAGAAAACCCCCCUCUCAAAUUUCCCCCAAAAAGUAAGAUUCCGGUUUCUCCACCGAGGCGUGCGUGUGGUUGUUUUUUUUCGAAAAUGUUAUAAAUAGCUUUUUCCUGAGAAGGCAGGAACAGUUUUUAUUUAAUCUUCUUCCGGAAGAAGAGAGGAUUCGGUUUUGCGAUGAUGUAUUUAUUUUCUGCAUGGCCUUGGUGUCUAUGAAAAAUGUUUUUUGAUACAAUGUGUCGGCGUUGAUGUAGGAAGAAAAAAAAAGAAAUGAUCAUGUCAGCAUGAGACAAAAAGGGGUUCCUUCCUGUGUUGGAAUUCCGACCCUCUGUUUUCGCAUGUUUCUGUUGAAUCGAAUUUUGCCGCAUUUAUUUUGAAUUUAAGGUGCCAUAAUGAAUCCCAAAAAUGAACCUCAAUUCUUUUUUUCACUCCAUGAAACAAAAGAAGAAGUUUUCUCGCAAAAUUUUGCUUGCUUUAUGCGCACCAAUUUUUAAGUGAAAUAUAUCCACGAAAAUUAUGUUAAAAUUUUGAAUCAUGUGGCAACAUUAGGUAAUCAUUUAUAUUACGACAGGAUUAUAUCAAUUGUCAAUUUUGAUUCUCCUGUCAGUUGAAUAGCAUGUUGCCUUUAAAAUAAUACUCGUAAAACCAGUUUCCGGACGCUUCUUCGCAUUUUCUUUUUGAAGUCCUUGCGCCGUUUUUAGUUCCAGUUAUAGUAAAACAUGUCUUAUUGCAGAUAAUGAGGUAGUAAUCUUACCUUUGGGAUCAAGCAGUAAUUUUCUUCUUUUUUAAAUCGAACAAUUAAUAACUUUAAAAGUUGAUGAAUGAAGCGAAAAGCAUCCUGUAUUCGAGUAAAUGUGGGGAAUAAUCGGAUCGACAGAGAUGAUGAGAACACAUGCAGUUUCCAUCUUAAAAUCGAAAUUUUAAAAAACUGGGUCAGGAAUUUUGAUGGGGAAAAAACGAACCUGUGUCACUUUUUCGGCCGGAAAUCGAAAUUAUGGGAAAAAAGAAGCGAAGAAACGAGUGGUGGUAGUAAAAGUUGAAGCUCUGUGAUGGUGGAAGUUUCCUCCGGUGAUGUGCUAUUGGACAUGCACAUUUGCUCAUCACACGGGCUCCGACUUGAAUAUUUGGUAGACCAAUAACAUCAUUCCUGGGGGAUGUGUAUGUCUCUUAAGUGUUUUCUGUUUUUCUUCGAUGUUGGGACACAUAUGCCGAAGUUUGUGCUGGAGGUGUGAUGAAAGGUGCUGCUGAUACUGGAGGAUUUUUAAUUCAGCGACUUUAUUGAAGAUUCUUUUUUUUUUUGUGUGCUGGGAAUAUGAGGAUAUAUUCGUUGGACGUGUCCCUGUAUUUUCGCCGUUGUCAUGAUUCGAUGUGCAUGACAUCCAGUGGAUCUCUUUGUAUGAUGUAAACCGUGGAUGGUUGGCUUGAUGUGCUAGAAGAAAAGAGCAGAUUUUAUGUGAAUAUGCUGAUCCCGCUGCUGGAUACCUUUUCAACAUGGAGUGCUAACACGGUGUUAGAAAUCUCUGUUGAUGAUCAAGGAUAUUUUGACGCGCGUGUACGAGACUGCGCUGUUCCAAAAAAAGAAAAACAGUUCGUUGAUGUUUGAAAAUUAAAGAUUGUGCAUUUUCAAAA